UCGCGUUAUCAGCAGAUUUUCAUCACUUGAAUCGUCUUUUAACGCAAGAUAUAUGUGCACGCUUUACGGACUUCUAGGCUGCCACCACCAGCUAUAUUUAUGAAUAUGGAAAGCUUCAAGUCGACCAAAGUGUUGAUAUUUCUCAACUUUCUUGCAUUCAGUUUGAUUCACGGACAAAGCGACCAUACACUUCAACUGUAUGAUGGAGCAAUGAAUAGUCCAGGAUCGUGGAUAAUAAUCAAUAAUUACGUUGACAAUCUUCAAAAUUCCGCCUUCAAUGACCUAGCGUCUUCUUUCUGUGUUGUUCGCGGCAUAUGGCUUAUGUAUGAAAAUCCUAGUUACAACAGUAAUUUCUUAGGAGCUUCGGCAUUUUACUGGGGAGAAAAUUAUUGCCAGGAUUUGCCGACAGGUUUAAACAAUCAGGUGUCAUCAGUCCGCUAUGCAGGAUCACCCUACAACUUCCAAGCUGAUGCGCUAAAUGUAUAUCAAGUUGAAUGGUUUCAAUCAUACGAAGCAUUCACCGCUAGUGAUUCUCUGGACCUUAGUCCAUAUUAUGGCGGUUCAUUGAUCGUAACUGGGAGAAGUUAUUGGACAAUAUACGAUUCUCCAAAUUAUCAAGGCUAUCACGUUUGCGUCACACCUGCAGACAUCACUUACGCUUAUCCAGGAUUUUUCGCUCAAGCUUCUGAAUUCGGUUUUAGCGGUAGAGUGAUUCGCAGUGCACGCAGGGGCUGCUGGACAGAAAAGGUGUUCCGACCUACAACGGUUAUGCAGCCAAAUCAGCUGUACACCCGAAACUGAGAGCAGGCUGAAAGGGUCAAAUAUCUUUAAUCGACGCUGCCUGUAUUUUAUUUUAAAUCUUUACUGCAAUAAAAUUCGACGUCAUAAAGUCA